AAGGGCGCCCACUGCAUGCUUUUGGGGCAGAGGAGCGGGGUGGGUCUGGCCCGGGCUCACUUUGAGAAGCAGCCGCCUUCCAAUCUUCGGAAAUCCAACUUCUUCCACUUCGUCCUGGCCCUCUACGACAGACAGGGUCAGCCCGUGGAGAUCGAGAGGACAGCCUUUGUGGGGUUCGUGGAGAAGGAAAAAGAAGCCAACAGCGAAAAGACCAAUAACGGGAUUCACUACCGGCUCCAGCUCCUUUACAGCAACGGGAUAAGGACAGAGCAAGAUUUCUACGUUCGCCUCAUUGACUCCAUGACAAAACAAGCCAUAGUGUAUGAAGGCCAAGACAAGAACCCUGAAAUGUGCCGAGUCUUGCUCACGCAUGAGAUCAUGUGCAGCCGCUGUUGUGACAAGAAAAGCUGUGGCAACCGAAAUGAGACUCCUUCAGAUCCAGUGAUAAUUGACAGGUUCUUCUUGAAGUUUUUCCUCAAAUGCAACCAAAAUUGCCUAAAGAAUGCAGGAAAUCCACGUGACAUGCGGAGAUUCCAGGUCGUGGUGUCUACAACAGUCAACGUGGAUGGCCAUGUCCUGGCAGUCUCUGAUAACAUGUUUGUUCAUAAUAACUCGAAGCAUGGGCGGAGGGCUCGGAGGCUUGACCCCUCGGAAGGUACGCCCUCUUAUCUGGAACAUGCAGCUACUCCCUGUAUCAAAGCCAUCAGCCCGAGUGAAGGAUGGACAACGGGAGGUGCGACUGUGAUCAUCAUAGGGGACAAUUUCUUUGAUGGGUUACAGGUCAUAUUCGGUACCAUGCUGGUCUGGAGUGAGUUGAUUACUCCUCAUGCCAUCCGUGUGCAGACACCUCCUCGGCACAUCCCUGGUGUUGUGGAAGUUACACUGUCCUACAAAUCUAAGCAGUUCUGCAAAGGGACCCCGGGCAGAUUCAUCUACACAGCGCUCAAUGAACCUACCAUUGAUUACGGUUUUCAGAGAUUACAGAAGGUCAUUCCCAGGCAUCCUGGUGACCCCGAGCGUUUGCCAAAGGAAGUGAUACUCAAAAGGGCUGCAGACCUGGUGGAAGCCCUGUAUGGGAUGCCCCACAACAACCAGGAAAUUAUUCUGAAGAGAGCCGCCGACAUCGCAGAGGCCCUCUACAGUGUCCCUCGCAACCACAACCAGCUCCCGGCCCUUGCCAACACCUCGGUCCAUGCAGGGAUGAUGGGUGUGAAUUCGUUCAGUGGACAACUGGCUGUGAAUGUCUCGGAGGCAUCGCAAGCCACCAACCAGGGUUUCACCCGCAACUCAAGCAGUGUGUCACCUCAUGGAUACGUGCCGAGCACCACCCCCCAGCAGAGCAACUAUAACUCUGUCACCACGAGCAUGAACGGAUAUGGCUCUGCUGCCAUGUCCAAUUUGGGUGGCUCCCCAACUUUCCUCAACGGCUCAGCUGCCAACUCACCCUAUGCCAUUGUGCCAUCCAGCCCUACCAUGGCCUCCUCUACAAGCCUCCCCUCCAACUGCAGCAGCUCCUCUGGCAUCUUUUCCUUCUCACCAGCCAACAUGGUCUCGGCCGUGAAACAGAAGAGUGCAUUUGCACCUGUUGUCAGACCCCAGACCUCCCCACCUCCAACCUGCACCAGCACCAAUGGGAACAGCCUGCAAGCAAUAUCUGGCAUGAUUGUUCCUCCCAUGUGAAAGAAUUGCCUUGAAGAAUUUUAUUAAUGAAGAAGUUGGAUUCUGCUACAAGAGUAAUCUGAUACAAGUCCCAGAGUGGAACUUUUAACUCAGGCCUUUUUAAGAGGAAUCACAAUAACUGCAGAUUUUUAAACAAGCAAAAAUCACCGACUUUACAAAUACUGAAAUUGAAAGGGAUCUGCAAGUGCAGGGUGUUGUUUAAAGCUGUCCCUCCCCAGUGUCGGGGGUAUAUUUAUUCUGUAUCAACAAAAACAAAUCCACUUUUUCUUUCUCUCUCUCUUUUUUUUAAAAGCUUAACUCUGCAAUCAUUUGUCUUUUAUAAACCGUAAAGCUCUACCCAAGGGACACUAUAAAUAAGACUCCAUGUUUUAAUUUAUGAUGUUUUUAAAGCUGUGUAAAGGGAGAAUGAAGUGGUGAUAUUUACAAAAAAGUUAAAAAAGAAAAAAAAAAGAAAAAAAAAAAAGCUUGUAUGGGACAGAAUAGGAAUGCCAGUUAGAUUUUUUAGAAAACUAAGGGUCGGCUUUUGCGCCUUAAAGCAUAUCAAAUGGUAGUUAGCUCAGACAGUGCAUUUCAAUAUCUAACUUAACAUGCCAUCCCUUAGCAGUGCAAGCUUAUUUAUCUCUUUUGUAUUGUUGUCUUAAGUAACUGUGUAAAUAAAUGCAGCCUGGAACGUUAAAAAGUGAUGUAAGUCAUUACAUUUUUCCCUUCUACUAAAAAAAUCCAGUGCCUCUAGACAGAUCGUUAAAAUUGCAUAUUUAAAUCUGAUGUCAUUCUCUCUUUACUUGUGUCAACUUCUUCUGAAGCCAAUGGCCUCUCAAGAGCUCGGUGGCACACACGCUGUGUGAGAAUCUCUUUGAGACUUCAUGGAACAGGGUCCAGGCACCGAAUCCCAUACCGCCCUGCAGUUAGGAAGCCAAAAUUUCACUUCUGCUCUACCAUUCACAUGUUCAAAGUUCACUCAUCCUAAAAUUUGAAAGGCUGACUUUAUACCAAUACUGCAAAAACCCCACAAAAGCAACCUGGCAAGAUAGGGCCUCGAUCCAUCCACCGACCUUUACGUUAUUUGUAAUCUUAUAGAUUAAAACAACAGGUUAAGUGCUUUGCAGUGAAGAGUAAAAAGGAAACUGAGGGUAAGGAGGAGAAGGCUGAAACCUCGGGUUUUCUGUUCUAUGGGAAUUUUUGCUCUCAUUAACUGAGAAGUGUUCUUAAAAAUAAGAAUUAAUAGCAAAGAUGCAGCAAAGCUCUUAGGAUGCAUUUGCCUGAUUUUUUUCUUUGCUGUUGUGUUUUUGUAUGUAGUUAUAAAUACUGUAGAUUUUUUUGUGAUUUUUUUUUUGCCAAAGUUGUUGUUCUAUUUAUACAUUUUAAUGUCUUAGGACAGUUUUCCAAUCUCACGAAAAGAUUUUACUGCAUAUUUUGCAAAUAAAAAAAAAAGCUCACUACCUUUAGCUUGCACAUAUUUGCAUUCAUUAAAAGGCUUUUUGUUUUAAUGGGGAUUUUGUAAAAUAUCCAUAUAAAUAAUGUAUUUAUCUUUGGAAUUUGUACAUUGCUUUCCCUCCUUCUUCUUCCUACCCCUAGUUUAUUUUAUUGUGUAUGUUUGCUAUGUGAAAAGUGCGUAUUUGUUUGGUCACCUACAGUUGUAUUAGCUGUUUCAAUGUGAUUUUUAAACAUUUCAUUUAUAGUUACUGUAUUUUUAGUAUUGUUUUAAACCAUGCUUCAAUUUUUUUUAUUUCCACCCAAAAGCCAUUGUCUAUUUUUGUAUUAUUUGUAAGUUAAGAAGUUUUUUCCAAUAUAUGGCAAAAAUAGUAGCAUAUUAUUCUUGUAGUAUUUAGUUCUGUAGAUUAAAAAGAAAUGUAUCCUUUGCUUUGGAAGCUUACAAAAAACCUAAUGCUGUUUUACUCUAUUAAUAUGCAUGGAAUCUCUCCCUUUGGAGUGACGCAUUUUGUGCAUUAAAUUCGGGGGAGAAACUUCAUAGAAAUCAGUGAACAUACUUUCUUUCUUAAGUCUGCUUGUAUAUUUCCUCUGUCUUUCACAUAAAUAUAAACCAGCAGAUUGGAUGCCUUAACAAUGCAAAUCAUAUUCAUUUCACUUGUACAUUGUAACUGUGCACCAGAACUGUCAGUCAUCACUAACAUUCUAAGAAAAAAGAAAAAGAAAAAAGAAAAAAAAAAAAAAAGAAAUUGAAAAGCACAAAAGAACUGUUUUGUUACCUUAAGACAAUGUAACUUUUCUAGUAGAGCAAGAAAUCAUUUACAACAAUGCUGCAACUGUGCAUGCCCCCGUAUGGAUUUUGCAAUGGUGUUCACUAGACUGUCAGAGUGCGAUUU